UUACUGCUUGCUGAUGCUGCUGGGUGAUGGGUGCUGCUGUUCGUAGCCUUUUGGGUGCCGUGCAUGACAAUUUUACGUACCAUUCUGGGGCAUAUGGUUUCGCCUUCGGUUCAUCUCUCAUUUCAUCCUCUUCUUUAUCCACCGCCAUUUCCAAACUCUUUGUCUAUUUACUUUUUUGUGUGCUGGGGGAGAAAGAAAGACAGGGAAAACAUUACCCCAAAUCGAACGAACCUUCUUCUCUACUCCCGUACCGCGAUUUGGGUUGCGCCCUUUCUUUUUUCUGCGUGCUCGUCUUGCCGGUUCGCCAUCCAUCUCCGAUACGGCAACGUCCGCAGUAUUUCAUAUCCAGACUACCUCACCUCACCUCACCUCACCCGUUGUCGCCCUCCAACAUUGGAUAUUCCCAAUAGGCCAGACGAGGUAAAGGGUCCGAUCUCCUUCUGCGGGAUCUCAUCACCACAUCACAUACGUAUCUGUACGCUGCGGCGCGCCGCGCACGAGUCGGACGACUGAAACGAAACGGACACGCGCGCUCACGCCUUUGGAACCACCUCGCCUACGGAAUACCUUAGCUGUCCAAACAAACGUACCCGCAACGACAGCCAUCUCUCCUUCGACCCGGAGUCGAGCAUCCAAAACCCAAACCUUACUCUGUCAUCAUCAUCAUCAUCAUCAUCUCUAAUCCACACCUCUGGAUCUCUACCGCAACCGCCAAACCUCGUGGGACUGCUACCUUACGUCGUUACGUACUGUGUAGUGUGGGUGUGCUUGUCUGUCACUGUUCGGUUUCUCUUUUUUGGCCGUUCCCAUCUCGGCUUCGCAACCCCGCCAGCCGUUCUCGGCACCCCACCUUAUCGCAGCCAAAGGCCGCUAUUUUUCGCCUGGGCGAUUUCUUGGUUGAACAGUACCUUUCACCCAGUACCUUACCUUGCCUUACGCAGUACCAACCUAGUAGGAGAGAAGCCAGGCCGCCAAGCAGCGAAUCAACCCAAAGGCGGAAAAAAGGGAAGCGUCGUCAUCGGUUCCUCAAACUCUCUCUCACUACUCCGAAAACCCACCGACCGGCCGCGGGCUUGUUUGAACCUCUCGCCUUACCCUCCACAACCAAACCAACCAACGAGCCCCUUGUUCUACGGAUCUCGAGACUGCAACCAUGGCUGCUGCAGCUGCGCAUGAUACGCCUGAGGAGCCUCAGAGCGAUGGCUCCAAGCUCAAGACCUUCAUUGGUAUCCUGAAGAAGUUUAUUGGUGUCGCCGACCUUGCUGCCGUCCGCUUCUCUCUCCCGUCCCAACUCCUCGAGCCGACGCCGAACCUCGAAUACUGGAACUACCUCGAUGCGCCCAACGCCUUCGUUGCCAUCGGUACUGCGGACGAACCCCUCGACCGCAUGCUCGAGGUCUGCCGGUUCUGGUUCACAAAAGAUCUGAAAUACGUCAAGGGAAAGCCUUGCAAACCAUACAACUCGUGUUUGGGAGAGUUCUUUAGGUGUAAUUGGGAAACCGAAGACAAUGCCCCCAAGAUCAACACGACAGCCCUCGGCAGCGCCGCGGGUAGCAGCUCGUCAAGCUUCAAGUCAGCCAAGGCAGACAAGAACGCCUCGGCCGUCUCCCUAUCCGUCCCGCAACACGGCAACACGACACCCGAUAGCAAGCCCCUCCGUAUCUCAUACCUGACCGAGCAGACCUCCCACCACCCGCCCGUAAGCGCAUUCCACAUCAGCUGUCCCGAGCGGGGCCUCUCUGCCCGCGGCUUCGACCAGAUUACGGCAAAGUUCACGGGUACUAGUGUGCGCGUGUUGCCUGGCGAGCACAACCUCGGCAUUUUCGUCACGCUCGAAAAGCGCGGCGGUGAGACGUAUCGCCUCACUCAUCCCGCGGCGCAUCUCGGUGGCAUCCUCAGGGGAAGCUUGAGCGUCAGCGUCAGUGAGAUGGCGUACAUUACGUGCCCGCAGACCAAGCUCAAGACGAUCCUGCACUACAUUGAGGCUGGGUGGCUCGGCCGCUCUACGAAUCGCGUCGAGGGCAUCAUCUUCAAGUACGACCCCGAGAACGAUGACAAGGUCAACAUCAAGGACGUUCCGGAGGCCGACAUUGUCGCCCGCCUGAGCGGUCCGUGGCGCGAGAAGAUUGAGUUUACCCUCGGCCCCAAGCCAGUGAACUCUCACCCCGCCGAAGCCCGCUACACAAUCAUCGAUCUCGCACCCCUCAAUGUAGCGCCCAAGGUGCUGCCCCCGAAGGAGAAACAGCUCGAGAACGAGUCCCUGACGAUGUGGGGUGGCGUCACCGAAGCCAUCCACGCAAAGCAGUUCUCCAAGGCGACGCAGGUCAAGGUCGAGCUCGAGGAGCGGCAGCGAGAACUGGCGCGUGAGCGCGAGCGCACGGGCGAGGUCUUCAAGCCCGCCUUCUUCGAGCAGGUGACGGACACAGGUGGCAAGCCCGAGUUGACGGAUAAGGGCAGAGAGGUGCUCGCGAGGGCGCAGAAGGGGGAGUGGGACAUGAGCGAUAUCAUUGUUGUAGACGCUCCGGCUCCGGCUGCGGCUCCGGCUGCGGCCCCCGCGGCUACGGAGAGCAAGUAAAUGGUUCGAUGUUGUUGGCGGGAGAACGAAAUUAAUUGGAUUAGAAAGGCAUACUGAGCGCCUGGGUGGCUGCAUCGGGCCCGUUCCUUGUUUUCUGGAAUUCUCUCUCCUUUUCCUCUUGUUUGCCGCAUUAUUUGGAUCUGUUUGGCCCUACUGAUCCUUUCCUGAGGGAUGCAUCGCUCGCUUUUUUAGCUUUUUGGAAGGUUUUUUCCUACAUUGGUUGUUUACAUGUUUUAUGAUCCCUCUCGCCUGAAGAAUUCUCGCAUCAACGAUGAGGGGUUGGAAGUUUUUUUGCGUUGCAUGGUGGGCGGAUGAGGAGAGGAGAAGGAGGAGGAGGAGGAGGAGGAAGAGACUAUUUUGCAUUGUUCACUCGGGUGUGGAACAUUGCGACACAUACAUAUACAUUCACACACACAGAGACACACACAGGC